UAUCAUCUCAUCACUAGCUGACAUUGGUACAAAGUGUUAAUUUGCCACUAGCUAGCUUGAUUCUUGAGAUUUUGAGAACAUGGCGGCACCUCUUCUUUGCUUCGCCGUCGUGGCCGCGGCGGCUUUGGCCGGCGCGUCGGGGCAGGAGCUCACGGCGGACUACUACGACGAGGCGUGCCCGCAGGCGCUGUCGGCCAUCAAGCUCGUCGUCGGCGCGGCCGUCGUGAAGGAACCCCGGAUGGGGGCGUCGCUCGUCCGGCUGCACUUCCACGACUGCUUCGUCAACGGCUGCGACGGCUCCAUUCUGCUGGACGACACCGAGGACAUGGUCGGGGAGAAGACGUCCAAGGCCAACAACAUGUCCGUGAGAGGGUUCGGCGUGAUCGACUCCAUCAAGACCGCCGUGAACACGGCGUGCCUGGGGAAUGUCGUCUCCUGCGCCGACAUCCUCGCCGUUGCCGCUCGCGACUCCAUUGUUGCACUUGGAGGGAGCUCGUACGACGUGCUCCUCGGCCGGCGGGACGCGACGACGGCGAGCAUUGACGACGCGGACGACAGCAUCCCGAACCCGUUCAUGGACCAGCCGGAGCUGCUGGCCAACUUCCAGGCCCAGGGCCUGUCGCUCCGGGACCUGGCGGUGCUCUCGGGCGCCCACACGCUCGGCUACUCCCGCUGCGUCUUCUACCGCGACCGCCUCUACAACGAGACGGACACCCUGGACCCGACCUACGCGGCGGCGCUGGACGAGCGGUGCCCGCCCGCCGGCGACGACGAGGCGCUGGCGUCGCUGGACGACACGCCGACGACGGUGGACACGGACUACUACCAGGGCAUCACGCAGGGCCGCGCGCUGCUGCACACGGACCAGCAGCUGUACCUGGGCGACGGGGGCGACAGCGACGCGCUGGUGCAGUACUACGCCGAGAACCCGGACAAGUUCUGGGAGGACUUCGGCACGGCGAUGCUGAAGCUGGGCGGCCUGAGCCCGCUCACCGGCGACGAGGGCGAGGUCCGGGAGGACUGCCGGGUCGUGAACCGGGGGUGAUCGCUGGUGGCGCGUGCUCGGAUAGAUGGCACGAUAGAGCUGCUAUCGUGGUGCUUUUCGACAAGAGUGCUCUGCUUGGAUGUAGUAGUAGUUUCUUGAUUUUGUCACGGUUGUCUGGCCAUGGAUUUAGUCUGUUCUUGUUGGAUCCGCGAGGUGUUUGAUGUUAUACAAGUUGGUAGUUCAGCAACACUUCUUUCGAAUCCUAAUGCAGGAACACUGCGUGCGUAUACGGUAGAAGUGUAACAAUUUGGCUGCAUGCGAGUCCCCUGAAAUUUCCUUUUGGGUUAGUGAAAUUUGUGGGUCGUUCAUA